GCAAAGAUAUAACAAUGGAGAAUCUUUUAAUGGAAAAUCUUUUACAUAACGAUAAUUUUGUAAGUCUUGGGCAUGUUCCUUCAAACAAUAGUGCUCUUUUCAUUGUACUUAAGGGUGAUUUUUACGUGUAUCACCAAGACAGGAUCGUGUCUUCGAUCAAUAUCGAUUUCGCGGGAAGAACUUGGGGUUAUUCAACAGUAGAAACCCCAAAGAAUUUUUAUAUAAUCGAUAAACGGUUCAGCGAAUUAAGAUCUCGAAAAGAGCGUGAAAUUGUAUCUUACAAACUUGUUCAGGAUCUUGAAAGAGGAAAAGAGAAGCAGCAAAUACAUUAG